CCGUGCGUUUGGACGGGACAGCGGUCCGGGUUACUCUUUGAAGGCGCAAGAAAUGCUGUGAAACUCUUGCUUUCCUGUUCCUCCUCCUCCUCCGCCGCUCAACCGUCGUUCGUCCGUGGCUACCGUCGCAUCCCCUGGAGAAGUCGCCGUCGCUUCUCCAACCAGUUGAAGGAAGGUGAAGUAACCCGCGAUAUCUAGGAUUUUAGGUUCUGGUUGUUGCCAAAAACGAGGUCCGGCCCUUUUCAUCGUGUUUCUAAAGUAGAUUACAUGGACGGGUUUCUACUUUUCAUAUAAAAGUUUCUGUGCAUUUGAACUGCGUCAUGUAGAGAGCAGUUGGUAUUCGACACACUAUUGGAGUAAAAAAUGCGGGGAAGUUAAACAAGUGGAAAAGGUUGGCCUCUUGGAGGAACGGUGAGUGAGAUAUUGCCAAACAAGUGGUUUUUAGAGGAAGGUGGCGAAGCAUUAUAAGUGUUGAUUUGCCUGAAAUGACAUCCAGAGUGCUCAAAGGACUUAUUUCCCCUCUUCUCAAGAGUCCUUCUAAAGCCUUGCCUUAUUUGGCCUCUCUGCACUCCAAUGUCACAAAUCCUUUUCCUUCAACCGUUGCAACUCUUGUUUUGCCUGCUAGAUGUUUCCGUUGCCAUCCCCCAUGGAACUCCAUCCUGAUUUUUCAGCCAUCGGUCAUGCAUAUUCACAGUUUGACUGAUACCCGACUGCCCAAGCGAAGACCAAGUGAUAAACCAAGAAGAAAGAGGGCAAGUUUGAAGCCUCCUGGACCUUAUGCUUGGGUGCCAUAUGUACCUGGAGAACCUAUAGCUAGCAAUCGACCCAAUGAAGGAAGUGUGAAGGGGAGGAACCAAAGAAAACGGAUGAAGCAGCGGCAAGCAUUUAUAGUGUCUGAGGCAAAAAAACGGAAGGCUGAGAUGAAAGAAGCAAGGCGGAAGAGGAACAUUGAGAGAAUAGAGAGGAAAAUGGCUGCUGUUGCUAGAGAUCGAGCUUGGGCGGAACGACUAGCAGAGUUGCAGAAACGUGAAUCUGAGAUGAAAGAAGCUGCCGCAUAAGUAAUCUCACGUCUGUGCUGAGAAGAAUUCUGACCUAGAAUUGCUCCAUGUACUGCUGUUCUUCAUUUGAUAGAUCUUGAGAUAAUUUUCUCAUGGAAAAAAGCUUCAGAAUUUUUUUUUUUGGGGCAUCUACUGAAUUUUGCUUGAUCUCCACUGAAAUUUUUUAUGAGGAUAAUUCCGUCGGUAUCUA